GGGGAUAGUAAAAGACAGCUAGCAAUGAAGGAAUAGGCUCACCUACCGUUACAAUCACACUCUGUUCUCCACCCUUUUUAGCCUUUCUUCCUCUCCCCUCUCUCCUUUCAAACCCUUCUCUCCCUCUCUCUUUCUGUCUGAAGGCACUGAACUUCAACCUAGUACUCCAGUUUAUAAUGGAGGAAUAGGGUUCUGGGGUUCCUUGAAGUGGUAGUGUGCAUGCUAUGAGCCUAUUCGUUUUACUUUAAUUCUUUCGGGGUUCUUGCCGAAGAAUUGUGUUUUGGGUUUCUGCUUCUUCAGUCCGUUGUUGCAAGUCCUCUUUUUGGGCGGGAAUUAAUCAUAGCUUCUAAGCUCAGGUGAAGUUUGUGACAAUGAUCGGACCGAACUUCAUGGACGAGUUAGACUGCGGCAGCUUCUUCGACCACAUCGAGGACCUUGUAGAUUUCCCGGUCGAGGACAUCGACAUCGCCGCCGACGCCGAGACCGGGCUGGGCAGCGCAGACAGCAAAUCUUUCCCCAGCCUUUGGCAGACCGAGUCAGGGUCAUUGCCUGGCUCCGACGCUGUCUUCUCCGCCAACAGUGCCUCGGACCUGUCCGCCGAACUCUCCGUUCCGUAUGAAGACAUUGUUCAGCUUGAAUGGCUUUCAAACUUCGUUGAGGAUUCGUUCGCUGCUGGAAGCCUUACCAUGAAGAAAGAAGACUCCUCUUCCAUCCACAACGAAUCAUCCCAUCAUCACUUUCAGACUUCCAGCCCGGUUUCUGUCCUCGACAGUAGCAGUUCCUGCUCGGUUGAGAAGAACGCGCCGCGCAGCCCUGAUACCAUCACCCCGGGCCGGCGUGGGCGGCCUCGCAGCAAGCGUCCUCGUCCUGCAACCUUCAAUCCACGCCCGGAAAUCCAACUUAUCUCCCCCACCUCCUCUGUUACAGAGACCCCUCAGCCAUUCCUUGCAGCAAAAGUUUCUUGCGAUUCUGAGAGUUUUGCAGAGUCUCGCCUGUCGAUCAAGAUACCAAAACAAGGCAGUGCAGAUCAUAAGAAGAAGAAGAAGUUCAAAUUGACAGUUCCACUUGGCGCCGCUGAGAACAAUCAGAAUCCGCCUUUGCAUGCAGUCAGGAAAUGCAUGCAUUGCGAGAUUACCAAGACUCCCCAAUGGAGGGCAGGCCCAAUGGGGCCGAAAACACUUUGCAACGCUUGCGGUGUCCGCUACAAGUCCGGCCGCCUCUUCCCUGAAUAUCGGCCUGCGGCAAGCCCGACAUUUAUUCCAUCUGUGCACUCAAAUUCUCACAAGAAGGUGCUUGAAAUGAGAACCAAGACUGGGGAGAAAGCUGCCCCAGCGGGGCCAGAACCAAUUGAACUUAUUCCAAAUGCAAAUAGAAGCCUUGGCUUGACUACGCGUAGGGAGGACGAGAGAACCUGUUCCCUGUAGGAACCUCUUUCUUCGCUUCCCUCUUUCCUGAUCUCUUAUGUUAUUUCAUUUCUUUUGUUCAUUGCUUUUUGUACAGGGAUGGAAGGGGCCGGGAUAGAAUCAAUAGCUAGAAGAUGGUAUCUUAAUUAGCUUAAACGUGGGUAGAGACCAGUCAGUGCAAGGUUUAAGGGUUAGAAUUUAGGUUCAGUGAUGGCUAAUAGGUCCUUCUUAAGGUAACUAGGUGUGGCAGUAUGUAUGUCUUUUUAGCAUUCUUUUCUUUCUCAUCCUUUCCCAUGGGAAUUCUUUUUGCAGUUCAUUUGUAGUAGAAAAAUACUGAGUUGAGUAAUGGAACUUGGGAUUUGUUA